AUGAUUUGUAUAAGAUGCGGAAGGUGUAAUUCUAAUUUAUACACAGUGUAUAAUAAAACAAAUAUAAAAUUAAAUGAAUGUAAUAGAUGUAAUCAAAUAUGUGAUGAAUAUAUGGAGAAAAACACAUUUAUAAUACUUAUGAAUAUUCUAUUUUUAAAACCAGAAAUAUAUAGACAUAUAGUUUUUAAUAGAUUAAAAUACCAUGAUAAAUUUAUACACAGUUUUUUUUUUAAGAUGAUCAUUUUAUUUUUGAUAAUAAAUUCUUAUUUACACCCUAAUUUUGAAUCCGAAAAUAUAAAAAAAAGUACUUUAUCAGAAAUAUUUUUAAUGAAUAAUAAUUUUGAAUCAACUUUAGGAAUUAAUUCAUUAAGUUAUAAUUGUUCUUCCUAUACUUUAUUCAUGUAUAAAUAUGAUAAUAAAUAUAAAUUAUAUGGAUUAUAUAAUAUAUUUAAUAAUUCUAAUUUUUCUAAUUUAGUUAAUGUACAAAAAGAUAAAUAUUUAACCUGCAUUGUUAAUAGUGGAAUGUUAACUAAUUAUAAUUUGUGCCUUGUUAAUAAAGAACAUAAAGAUUCGUUAUAUUAUGACAAGCAAAUUAUAGAUAUGUUUCUCCAUAAAAAUAUAAAUUAUUCAAAUAAAUUUAAUAAUAACGAAUUUAAAUUAAAAAAAAAAAGAAAGAAAAAGGAAAAUAAUCAUUGGAUGAAAUUUAGCACAUCAAAAUUUAUUAAAAAAGUUAUUUUAUUUUUAAAAGAAAAAAUAAAAUAUAAAUCUAUUUUUAAGCUAAAAAAAAACAACUUAUUAUUGAAAAAUAAUGUGAUAACUUUUAAGAAUUUAGAUGAAUAUAAUAACCUAUUUCAAAUAAUAAACAUUCUAGUAUAUUAUAAUUUAGAUGAUUAUAAGAUUGUUUUUGAAACAAAAGAAAAAGAAGCAUUCAAUUUAUAUUAUAUAAUGAAAUUCUUAAAUAAUAUAUUUUUUUAUGAAAAGUCAAAAAAGAAAAAUUAUAUAAAAAGUGAAUCAAAUACAUUCAUCAAGAAAGAUUCAAGUGAUUUUUGUUUUUAUGAUAAUAAAGAAUCAGUCUUUAAUAAUAUUUGUUAUGAUUAUAAUUAUUUAGACAACCAUUUAUAUGGGUUAAAAAGUUUAUGUAAAAAACUUUUAAGAAAUAUAAAUUUCAUAUUAAAAAAAAAUGCAGAAGAAAUAAAAAAAAAAAAAAAUAAAAAUGAAGAUAAUUUUCAAAUUAAACAAAUCAGUAUAUACUCAAAGCUUUUAUAUUCAGAACUAGAUAAUGAAAAGUAUAUCUUAAAGAUAUGCAAUUCAUCAUUUUCUUUAAAAAGAUUAAAAUCAGUUACAAUUAACUAUAUUACAUAUUUUUUGCUCUUGUGUAUUUUUACACAUUUUUUGAAGUUAUAUCAACAAAAAAAGUAUAAAAUAAACAUAACAAUGAUAAAAUAUAAUUAUCUUUUUAUGCUUUUUGUUCUGAGUAAUUAUCCUUCAUUAAUAUAUUUUAUUUUGAAAGUGUUUAACUAUAAUUAUAUAAAUAUUUAUUUAAACAUAUAUACCAUAAUUUGCAAUAUAAUAGCAUAUCAUAUAUUCAUUUCUAACGAUGAUAAUUAUAUUUGUUAUUCUAUAUUCUCUGUUCUUAUAAGCUAUAUAUUGAAAAACUUACUUAUGAUUAAAAUAAAUACAUACAUAUAA